AUGGAGAUCAUAGUGUCAGCGGAUGCGUCAAAUUACGGAAUUGGAGCGCGCAUUGCCCACAAGCUGCCAGAUGGAUCAGUGAAGCCGAUAUCAUAUGCAUCAAAGAGUCUUACGCAAGCCGAGUUUAACUACAGUCAAAUCGAGAAAGAGGGGUUGGCGUUGAUCUUCGCAGUAACACGGUUCCAUCGUAUGAUUUUCGGACGACAUUUUGUUUUGGAAACGGAUCACAAGCCUUUGCUAGCCAUUUUUGGCUCAAAAAAAGGCAUUCCCGUGUAUACAGCCAACAGGCUCCAGCGAUGGGCGUUAACUCUGCUGUUGUAUGACUUCAAUAUCAAGUAUGUCAGUACAGACAGUUUUGGCUAUGCAGAUGUUUUGUCCCGUCUGAUCAACACCCACGUCCGUUCAAACGAAGAUUACGUCAUAGCAUCGAUCGAGCUGGAGGAUACCAUGGAGUACAUCGUCAAGCAGUCAGUUGAAGCUCUUCCAGUUACGUUCAAAAUGAUUCAAUCUGGAACUAAGUCGGAUGCAAUGCUGAAGCAGGUGAAGCAGUUCGUCCAAACAGCUUGGCCGUCAAGUCAGUCAAAAAUCAGCGAUUCACUUUUACAGCAGUUCUAUCAACGACGGGAGAGUCUUUCAAUUGUUGUCGAUUGUCUCAUCUACGGAGAUCGACUGGUGAUUCCAGCGAAAUUCCGUGACCGAGUUCUACGUCUUCUACACAAGGGGCACCCAGGAGUAGAAAGGAUGCGGUCUGUAGCACGUAGCUACGUCUAUUGGCCAGGAAUCGAAGAGCAAAUCAGUCAGUGUGUUCGUUCGUGCGCCAAUGUUCGAGGCAAAUGGUCAGAAGUCGUCGCUACCAAGCACAUCACAACAUCUGCAACUGUGGCCAUGUUCCGGGAAAUCUUCGCCAGAAACGGAUUUCCGGAGACUUUGGUUAUGGACAACGGUACGCAGUUCACAAGCGAAAAAUUCGAAGCCUUCUGCAGCAACCGGGGCGUCCUGCAUCUGAAGACACCACCAUACCAUCCGCAGUCGAACGGACUCGCCGAGAGAUUCGUCGACACACUUAAGCGAGGACUUCGGAAAAUCACAGCGGGGGGAGAGGCCCUCGACGAAGCAAUCGACACUCUUCUUCUGUGCUACCGCUCCACUCCAUGUCGUAGCGCACCUGAAGGGAAGUCGCCUGCGGAACUACUACUGGGCAGAAACUUACGAACAGGAAUGGAUCUACUGAAACCGCCAACUUUGUUCUACAAGCAAACCGAUUCCAAGCAGGAAGAUCAGUUCAACCGGAAGCAUGGCACAAAAGCAAGGAAUUACGAUGCCAAAGAUCUGGUUUGGGCUAAAGUACACCGAAACAACACCUGGUCAUGGGAACCCGGUCGAGUUCUUGAAAGAAUUGGUCGAGUUAUCUACAACGUGUGGCUACCUGCGAAGCAUGAUCUCGAGAGGUCCCAUGCGAAUCAACUGAAGAAGCGGUAUGGAUCAGAAAAACCAAGAGCACCAGUAACACAGCAGACUUCCCAAAUUCUGUUAAACAUACUACUGGAGUCCUGCGGUCUAACCAAUGGAAGUUCCUCACCAAACACCCACAAGAUCACCAAGAACUAUAACUCAGCAGCCACCGAGCCAGCUUCGCCAGUCUUCGAGAGUCAGAAGACCACCCGUGAGGUAUGA